UUCAACCAAUCAGAGCACAGAAAUGCAAAUAAGCAGAUUGUUCUAGGAAGUGGGCUGUUAGAGCUACUUGGGCUAGUGUGACUAGCUCUGUUUUCCCUUUUCCUUUUUUUCUUUUUCUUUUUUCUACACCAGAGGGGGCAUGGUACACACCAGGCUGCUGUGCUUCAAAGCCACAAGAAGCAUAUGAAAACCAGCGUGCUACGGCUGUCGCCUUAAAGCUCCCAGGAGUCGGUCUCUGUUUCCCAGCUGAGAUCUGACCACACCACUGUGAUUUGAAGAGACUUGACCUCAACACUUUUUUUUACACCUUUGGAGACUUUCUGUUACUGGAGGCGUUCUUGAGCUAGCAAAUCUGGUACUGUCACUUACAAACAAGAAUAUCCAGCAUAAUCAUGAGCGCCCACGAGUCAGACCUGCGCACCAUCUCUCCAGAGAUGCCGGCGAUGUUUGAUGGCGUGAAGAUGGCUGCGGUGGCCACAGUGCUCUACGUCAUCGUCCGCUGCUUGAACCUCAAGAGCCCAACCGCACCUCCGGACCUCACCUACCAGGACACACCACUCAACAGCUUCCUCCUCAAGUCCUGCUCUCAGCUGACCAAAGAGUACAUUCCUCCAUUGCUGUGGGGGAAGAGCGGUCACCUCCAGACGGCCCUGUACGGUAAACUGGGUCGGGUGAGCUCGCCUCACCCAAGUGGAAUCAGGAAGUAUUUGCCCAUGCAGGAUGGGGCCACGUCAACCUUUGACCUCUUUGAGCCAGUGGGUGACCAUCGUACAGGAGAUGACAUCACCAUGGUGAUAUGUCCUGGUAUUGGUAACCACAGUGAAAAGCACUACAUCAGGACCUUUGUGGAUUACGCGCAGAAAGAUGGCUACCGCUGUGCUGUGCUGAACCACCUUGGUGCCCUUCCCAACAUUGAACUCACAUCUCCACGCAUGUUCACAUAUGGGUGCACAUGGGAGUUUGCAGCCAUGGUUGGGUACAUUAAGCGGGCGUAUCCUCAGACCCAGUUGAUAGUGGUGGGCUUCAGUCUGGGUGGGAACAUAGUCUGUAAGUUCCUGGGUGAGAACAGCGUGAACCAGGAGCGGGUGCUGUGUUGUGUGAGCGUCUGUCAGGGCUACAGCGCUCUCAGGGCUCAGGAAACAUUCCUACAGUGGGAUCAGUUCCGACGCUUUUAUAAUUUCCUCAUGGCCGACAACAUGAAGAAAAUCAUCCUCUCACACAGACACAGUCUGUUUGGAGGAAGCUCGGUUAAAACGAUCGACGCAGAUUACAGUCGGCUGUACACGGCAACGUCUCUGAUGCAGAUCGAUGACAACAUCAUGAGAAAAUUCCACGGCCACAGCUCCCUCAAAGAGUACUACGAGAAGGAGAGCUGUGUACAUUAUAUUCACAACGUAAAUGUGCCACUGCUGCUGGUAAACUCUGCAGAUGAUCCUUUGGUUCACGACUCGCUGCUCGCCAUCCCUCGAACGCUAGCAGCUAAGAAGUCCAAUGUGAUCUUUGCCCUUACGCUCCACGGAGGCCACCUGGGCUUCUUUGAGGGCGAGGUGCUCUUCCCACAGCCCCUCACCUGGAUGGACAAAGUGAUCGUGGGUUACGCCAACGCCAUGUGCCAGUGGGAGAAACAGAAACCACCAUGCCAAAGCAGCCACUUCAGCGAGGGCGCCUGCCAGGAGGAGGAAAGUUAAACCUCUGUCUCAGUCCUCCUCCACCUUCUCACAUCUCUACACUCUCCAGCACCACGAUCCCCUCACCGCAAUGAGGAGACACUUAUUUGUCUUCUGCCUUCUGGUGCUACCCACCAUUACCCAGCAUUGUUUCCCAGUCACACACACACCAUUACACUCCUCUAUAAUCACUUUGUGGUGUUGAAACAGACUAGAAACUAACUGCCUUCAUUCCCGACGCAUAGACAGAACUUUUUCUUUUCCUCUCUCUUCAUCCACUCAGCAGUGACACUUGGGCCAAUGGCGGCAUUGACCAAUCAGGCUGAGCUGACAUUUUAAGGAAAUUGGGAGGAUAGUUUUAGAUUAGUUAAAAAUGAGCACAGAAAAGCCUUCAUGUGCAUAUUUACUGCACCUUUAUGCAGCUCACUGCUCAUCACCGCCAAGCCCAUAUAGCCUAGUCUGCUGUGUGUGCGUGUGUGCGUGCGUGCGUGCGUGCGUGCGUGUGUGUGUGUGUGUGUGUGUGUGUGUGUGUGUGUGUGUGUAACAGAGCUGUAAUGAGUACAUUUGUGUGCACCUGGUCUACCAGGAGGUCAGGCCUCAUCAGUGGUCAUGUUGGUGAGAUCCAAAUUGUUUAGUUUUAAAGUAUCUGUUGUUUUUUUUAGCCACUCGUUAGAAGUAUUACAGUGGGAUUUAUUUAUUAUUUCCUGCAGGCGAUAACGAUUGGCACUUCAGUUUUCCACGUUCACCAAACAUAAACCAGGAGUCGAUUCCUGACGGGAUCCACACACGCACUUUGAUUCAGUGCACUUUACAACGUGUUACCUGCAUCCUUUUUUCUUAUUGGUCAAGUACUGUUGCAUCUUAUAGUUUAGCUGUGCUUUAGACAAAGAGGAAAAAGGGAGUAGGGAUGAUGAUGAGUUUUGUUCCUCGUGAUUUUGUGUUUAGUGUCUCUGAGCCCUCUUACUUCCUCCUGCCUUUGAUGGGCUGCAGGUUCAGCUAACACUCGGAUGUCCUCGUCGUACUGCACAGACACUCAACACACUCCGUUUGGUGCAAACGAUGGAAAGGACAGAUCAGAUCUAGUUAUUGCGUUUUGUUUCUGAGCUGUGAGGUUUGAUAAGUAGGAGGGCUAAAGAUGCCAAAGUUAGACCAAAUGUUUAUUUCAGUGACUCAUGUGUUAAAUACUAUGAAAGAAGAAGAUGGCUUUUAAUGAUUAGGAGUAUUUAUUUUUUCAGCCACACGUCGGUUUUUGCCACUGGGUUUAGGACUUUAAACGUUGCAGCAUGAAUUUAAAAUCGACCAAACGUUGUCACAAACCUGUUGAUUAAAGCGUACCAUAAGGCAGGGACCUGUGGACUUGUCAGAAGCUGAACCGAAUCAGUAAAAGGGCUUUGGGAGAUUCUUCCAAGACUUAAGUCCAGCCAAGAAAUCUGUGGUUAAACACUGUGAUGAUGAGACAAACGGUGGUUGGACUUGACCUGACUGACAGCAGUGCCUUCUGUUGGGCUGUUUUACACCUGGCUCACCGUGUUUCUGUCUUAUGGUAGUAACAUUUAAACACACACACAGUUUGUGUUUCCAGUGCUCUAUACUUGCACACUUACAGCUCCUAGAAAAAUAUCUUUUCAAUGUUAUGAACUAAAACCAUGAUAUCUUACAGGUGUUAAGCCUUUAUUUUGACUGUAGACAUAAUACUGUGGCAGGGUUUAGUGUUUUUUUAAUAAUACUGAUAUGAUUUUGAUGAAAGCUGUUAUUUGACAUCAGGUUAGUUUUGUUGCUAGUUUCAGAUUAAUAUCAAUCCGAGUAAAGAGUAACUGAAGCGGGAUUCAGCCUUUUCCUUUCAGCUCAGGGCCGCCGUGAAUAGCGUUCAUCUUUUCAGAUCUGGACUCUGUAGACCUCAUUGGAUUCAUUAUGUUCUAAGUAAAGCCAGGCUGACGAAAGGCAUAAUUGAACUAUGACAUCAUAGGUGCGGAGCUGCCCUUGCUUUUCUGUCUCCAUCUGCUGUCAGAGAGAGGCAGCUACACCUAGCGGUCAUCUCAUCCACCCAGAGUCAUUGAAGCUGGCUCAGCUGGUCCACACCUCUCACAGAUAAACCAGGGUGUGUUUCAGACGACACCAGCACUAAACCCAGUCUGUGUUAAGAGCCAUUUGUGUUCUGUUUGAGACCUUUGCCUUUUUCCAACUUGGCACAAAGAAUGCAGGUUUGGAUGUAUUAUUUAGACCUAUUUUUUCCAUUUAAUUGUUAUAUUUGUCUUGUUUUUUUUCUAUUGUUUAUUGUUAUUUUUGCUUGUGCAAAUGCAGCAGUGUGAGAGUUGAUACAGUACACAGCGAAUGUCAUAUCACCACCUCUGAGCCACUAAAACCAAAACAUCUCUUCCAUUGUUCACUUUGAGGGUAAAAUAGAAAUGUAAAACUGUUUCAGUUUUUGUAAACGGGAAUUAAAAGAGUGGAGAUACAUUUCUCCUGAAAUGUGGAAUCAACGAUGUUUUCUUGUGUUCUAAGAAUGUGCUCCUCUGUGUUUAUCCUAAUCCCAGUGAUUCAGACAUCAGGGUUACAGGCACAUCCUUAAGAGAUUUAGAAAUCUGACGAUUUAAAUAUCCCGCUUAUUACUUUAAAUGUAAAUAUAUUUACCACCAGUCCUUGUACUGAGAUUGAACGUUGCUCGGUGUUGUAUUUUUGGAACAAGUCGAUCGAUUCAUGCAGCGUGUUGCAGUCAUCAUCACACGGCUUUAACUUCCUUUUAACAAAUUUAUCUAAGGGGUGAUCCUUUAACGGGACAGUGCUCUGAACCCUGAGCGUUUUAUGUCAAAGAAAACCAGUGGUGUGUGAAGUAAAUGUGUGAGAAAAUAUGAGUAUUGUGAAUUAAAAAUAAAUUAUUUUCAAAUGAAA